AUGCAGUAAAAUAAUGCAAAUAACAUUGUGGAAUAUAUUCGUUCUAAGAAGAUUUAAAAAGAAGAAAAGAAUUUUAAAUUUUUAAUAUUUAAUGGAAAUGGUUCCCAUUUUAUAAGAAGUGAUUUGUUAAAGAGAUAAAACUGGGAUGAAGUAAUAAAUUUAAGACAUUUGAUACUUAUUAUAUUUAUCAUAAAUAUUAUAAUUCAGAUUAAAUCAACGCAAGAUGAAAAAAGGUCAAUUAAGAACUCAGAUUUUAUUUGGAGUUCAUAGAACUUUCAUUAUAAGAUAUUCUCCAUUAUAGAAGAUUUGGAGCUAGAACAAUAGUAGAGAUUAUUAGUUAAUCACUUCGAAAACACCAAAUUUAUGUGCACCAAAAAUGGCUUAAUCAAGUCAUUAAGAAAUUACUAUUAGCAUAAUUUGUAAUCUAGCUAAGUAGGGUAUUCUGUUUUCCAUACAACUCCAACUACAUUUAUAGUCAAAUAAGGUUUUGAAGACAUCGAAUUCUAAAAAUUCUUAGCAAAAUACAAAGCAUUUGAAAAUGGAAAAUUUGAAACAGAGUUGAUUCCUAUGAAGCACUGCAUUCAAAAUUUAUGGUUGAUAAAGCCAGGAAAUUAGAAUCAAGGAAGAGGAAUAGUGAUUUAUAAAAAUUAGAAUGAUAUAAUAAAUUUCUUUUAAAAUAAGCUGAAUUAAUAGCAAUGGAUAAUUUAGAAGUACAUCGAAAAGCCUCUGUUAUACAAAAAUAGGAAAUUUGAUAUAAGAAUGUGGGCUUUGAUCACAUGUAAAAAUGAAAUCUUUUUUUAUCAUGAUGGUUAUAUGAGAACUAGCAGCCAUGAUUAUAAUCUAGAUAAUUGUUCUUCAAAUAUUCAUUUAACUAAUAAUUUUUAAUAAAAAUAUUUUUAAAAUUAUGGUUUAUAUGAACCUGGAAAUACCUUGCCUAUUGAUCGAUUGUUUGAAUAUAUUUCUUUCAAUAAUAAAGACAAAGCAAGUUAGAUUAAAAGUCUCCUUAUAUCUAGGAUGAAGGAUUUAGUCAUUGAUUCCUUUUUAGCAGCUAGAAAAAAUAUGGUACAACAAAAAAAAUACCUUAAUUAUGAAUUGUUUGGAUAUGAUUUCCUAAUAGACGAAGACUUGAGAGUUUGGCUUUUAGAAAUUAAUUCAAAUCCUUACCUAGGAACUCCUAAUGAUGAAAUGAAAAAUUUAAUUCCUAAAAUGAUAGAAGAAAUGCUUGAUAUUAUGCUUAAAAACAAACCCAGAAAAAAUAACAAAUUUGAGCUAAUUUAUAGUGAAUCUAUGUAGGGUGGCUGGAGUUAAUUUUUAGUUAGUGUGAACCAAAGAUAAUCAUUUAACACAUCUCUAUAUCCAGAAUAGCAAUUACAAUAGUUAUAGUUUAUCAGAAAUGAAAAUACUCCAACUCUUUGCAAAACUAUUCGAUAAGAGUUUUAUGGAGCAACAUAGACUAAUUUUAUUACAAAUUUAAUGGGGAAAAAAGAUGAUGAACAGAUAGCCAAACAGCUUUAUUAACAUCUUUAUUUAUAGAUUUAAAAUUAUCCUUUUAAAGACUAUGAUCCAUUUAGAAAUUCAUUCACAACUAUUUUAACGAAAAUAAAGAUUUGGAAAGAGUUAGAAUAAAAAGAACUAAAAUGGUAUAUUAAGGGGUUUAAGCUAAUAUUGGAAUCAAACAUAAAACUCAUUCUGCUUGAAAAAGAAUAUUCAGAUAAAGUUUAUUCAAUUAUUUUAUAGGAAGACUUACCAGAAUAAAUUUAAAGCAUUUUGAUUGAAGCAAGUUAUGAAAUAUCUAAUUAAAUUUUAAAUAAAAACAUUUCCAUCAAAGAAAAUAUGAAUCCAGAAGAGUUAUAGCAUGAUAAAUAAAUUGAAAUUUUGACAAAAUCUUUACUGGUGAUAGGUGGAUAAUUUGAUAGGAAAAAAUACAUCCCUGGCGAAACGUAGAACAGUGAAAAAUCUCGAAAGCAGCUCAUAUAAAAUGGAGGAUUAAUAGUUAUUUAUUUUUUAUAGCAAAAUGAAGACCUUUCUUUCGAAAAUAUAAACUCUUCUAUAAAAUAGUUUUUAGAUUCUUUAGAUUACUAAGAUUUUUUUUAUCAGAACUAACUUUUCAAGGAAUGGAUUGAGCAAGUUAAUUCAAUCAAACCCAAAAAAUACUAAUUUUUUAAUGGAUUUAGCUAAAAUUUAAAUAAUGAAGAAAUAAAAGAUCAUAAUUUCAUUAAUAAUAAUUCAGAAUUCAACAAAAAAAACCACAAAACAAACAAGACUCGAAUUGCUAAUAUUUUAAUUCAUGCUAAUUAUGAAAAUAAAAUAGAGAACAAUUAGGAGUAGCUUUAAAAUAGAAAUGAAAUUGACGAAAACCAAAAAAUAAAAUUAAAAAACGAAAACUUGUUUGUUGAGAGAUCAAAGUCAAAUGAAAAUUUAAGUUAAAAUACUCAAAUUCCUUUUCCUAAAUUUUUAGAUAGCUUUUUUAAUAAGACUUAUAAUUAAAAUGAAUUUGCUAAUUAUUUAGAAUAACAAUUAUAAAUUCUGUCUCCUAAAUUUAAGUAGCAGUUUUAUAAAAUAAAAUUUAUGAGCCAACAGAAGAUAGAUUAAAGAGACAAAUAAUUAUCUGCAGUUUAGAUCCCUAACCAUAAAAAGUUUAAAUUUAACAAAAGUGCAUCUCCAAGCAGACAAUCUGAUAGAAAAGAACUAAUGAACAAAUCUAUAAAUUAAAUAUCGAAAAUAGAAAAUUAAAAAUUUCAACAAAAUGUAAAUUUAUUAACGAUUUGCAAAUCAGAGUUAGAAUUACAAAAAAAUACUUAAUAAAAUUCAAUCAAUAUUGAAAAUACAAAGUUAGAAAUAAUAAAAAAUUAAGUGAAAAGCUUAGAGCAAAUCAGAAGUGAAUCUCCUUUUGUGAGAAGACACUAAAAUUAAAUAUAAAAAUGUAGACAUUACAAUUUAGAUAAAGAAGAUUAAAAAUUGAGCUUUUAAACUGCCUAAUAAAACAAAUAGCCUAUAAAGUAUACACUUAUGAAUAAUAAGUAGUUGAGUCCUAACUCAGCAAUAUAAAAAAACUCAGAUUUUAAAUAAAAAAGUUGUGAGCAAAAUUAGUUUUUCCUACCUCAAAAUUUUUAGAUUUAACAAUAAAAUUUGAAAAAAAAAUAAAAAGAAUUGAGUCCUUCUAGAGAGUUUAGAAAGAAAUAAUCAGUAACAAUAAAUUCAGUAAAUAACCAACAAGCUGUUUUUUCUGGUUUUUAAAAAAUAAGGUCUUCUCCUAAAUUAAACGAGUUAAGGAAUAGAAAAAUAGAAAAUUAAGCUAAUAAAUAUAAUUAUGAUAUAGAAAAAGAUACUAAAAAUGAAAGUUUACAAGAAAAGAGAGAAUUUAUUUAAGUUGAAGAUAUUCUCGCUCAACAAAAUUUUUAAAUACUUAAUUAGUAAGUAAAUAAUUUAGAAUAGGAAUAAAUAGAAAGUAAUACAAAUUAGUAGAACAAGCUAGAAUUAAAUUAAAUUGACACUACUAUGACCUAAUAAAAAUAAGAAAUUGAUAUAAAUAAAUCAAUAAAUUAUUCAGAUAAAGAUUUUCUAAAUUUUGAUACUGAAGUAGAUCUAAGUAACUAGAAGUAGUAACAAAAUCUAAAUGACAAUCAAUGUGAAAUUAUAAAUAAAAAUUUUAAAAGUAUUAAUUAAUCAAAUGUUGAUUAAAAUAUUAUUGAAUAGCAUGCCUGA